CAUGACUUUACCACUGCGAACACGCUCCAUCCCCCAAUGUUUGGCCUGUCUUCGCAGCUAUGCCUGGGUGGAUGCUGUUCCCACGCAGACGACAGGCCUGCGACAGCAGAUUAGGGGCAAGAAGAAGAUGCCAAAGCCCACGGGAGACAUACCAGCUCGUCUGCGCAAGGACUUGCCUGGAUUUGGGAAAAAAGGAUCCAUAGUGCCAAUGGCUCGUGGUAUGAUGAGAAACCACUAUUUUCCAUCACGAACCGCCGACUACGUAACGAUGUCCGAACUACGCAUCCUCCGAGCCCAGAAUAUUCCCAUUAAACGCGACUACGCAUUCGGCAGGCGCGACUCGGAUACUUCCUCUACAGCAGCCAGCGAUGCAGCAUCUCUCUCCGGGCCAGAAGCCACAGAGGAGUACACGCGAAAGGCUCCGGAAGUGGAGCGCUUGACAGGCGCACGUAGCAUUGAACUCCUGGAGAUUUUCGUGCCGCAUCGCAUGGAUUUUUACAGACAGCCAAUCGUUGAAGAAGCACCAAAAAAGGAAGAAUCAGAAGCUGCGCAGCCGAAGAAGGAAGAGAGGAGACAGCAGAGAACGGCAUCAAGUGCUGCAGCAGAUUUAUUGGCUGCGCGUACACAAAAGCCGCAGACGAAGGCUCAACCGAAGAUGACUGGUGCCAUUUAUGGUUCUGUCUCGCAGCAUGAUGUGCUAGUCGCUGUAAGAGCGAGCAUUGCGACAAACGAUGAGGCUGCAAGAGUCAUUGUGAGUGAACAGGAUGUGGUCUUUACAGAUGAGAAGGCGCGGGCAGAGAACAAGAUCAAGGAGCUGGGAGACUGGGAGGUGGAGAUCAAGGUCAGAGGGGAGGAGAAUGGUGUGAAGAGGAUCGUGAGGGUUGUGCCGCAGGAGGCGUAGACGAGAAGAUGAAGAGAGAAGAUGAGCGGCCGAUGCAGGCAGAUUAUGCUGUGCUAUGGACAUACGAGGUCGCUGCGUAACGCUCUCACUUGCGCGCGCGCGCGCGCGUACGCCACACCAAAGAUGUGCUGCAGAACUUUGUGCUGCCGUCUGGACGAAAGCGUUGAAGAUAUGAGAGAGAGAGAGAGAGAACAAACAAGGAUGAAUCUUGUGCAGCAGCAUACGGUAUACCUGUAUCAACAAUGCAGACGACGCAGACUGAUCUCAAAAGCCAAGAUUCCUCCUUGGUAUACACCAUAA